UAACAACACAACUAUCAUAAGAGACGUGAUGGCGAAGCGUAAGAAGCCGAAUUAUUACGCAGUUCGAGUCGGCAGGAAGCCUGGCGUAUAUGACAACUGGGAACAAUGCGAAAAGCAAGUCUUGAAGUUUUCAAAUGCCGUUUUUAAGGGCUUCGAUACAUAUGACGCCGCCCUAGCAUUUGUAGGAGAUGCUACAGCUUCCAACCCCCCCGAUAUAGCACAACAGAUCGAGGAUUCAAAACCAGAUAAUAAUCCCGCGUCCUUAGGAGGUACGACAGGCGUCGUGAGCUUCAAGGUAGAAGAUGCCGUAGAAUCAAUGCCGCCGCCCGCUUCCCAGUCUUAUUUUGAUCAAUUUCCCGACUUUGCGCCCGAUAGCAGCGCGCCUUUUGACGACGAAUUCAGUCGCUUCGCAUCCUCCCAGGGUUUGGAAUCUGGGUCCCAGGAGUAUAGGAGAGAGCGGACUAAAGCGAUUCGUGACGAGUUGAAAUUUCACUACUCAUCCCAGGAUGCUACAGGGGUCCUACAAACCAUACCCGAGUUCCCUAAAAGGUCGUUAGACGACAGUGAAAAGCUAGAUAUUUAUCAGAACAUGUGUCGCGAGAUUGGCGUUAAUCCGCAGGAUACUAUCGCGGCGUGCAGACGAGAGCUGAAAGGGGUUUUGGUCAAUAUUGUUGAUUAUAUCGAUGCGCGUCGCAUAGGAAAGCCGGUUAAGAUAUGGGAUUGGAGUGACUUUCACUCCUUUUGCAUAUAUUCUCUGCAAGACGAUAAACGUAUGGAUAUACGGGAGGCCAAAGCGGAUGGGGGGUUCUUGUCGGCCUUGCUACAGAAAAUAACGGGUCCUCGUCCGAGGAAAAACGCUCUAGCUUCGCUGGCUGUCGGCAACCGAAAUGCCAAACGGAGAAGAACCGACCAGAGAGAAUCUAGCAUUGUAAAGCGUCGCCGCUUAUCUACGUCUUCGUUGCUCGAGUAAUACCAUAUUGGUCGGUUCUCGUUGAAAUCCAGUAGCUACGUAUUGUUAUGAAUCAAGGUUGCAAUAGUUUAAGGUGGAGUUUGUGGAUAGGUUUAUUCAAGUAAUGUUGUUAUCUUACAUCGUGGGUUUCCUUCAGCGAUCUCUACCGAAACUACAAUGUAGUCAAAUAUAAUCCCAGGUUUAAAUAAGCCGUUAGAAUUGAGAAAUUCCACUGAUCC